AUGGUGGAACUAUCGGAUUAUCGACGACUGGAGAAAGUAGGCGAGGGCACGUACGGAGUUGUUUAUAAAGCCGAAGAUUCGUUAAACGGAGGCCGUAUUGUUGCGCUCAAGAAAAUCCGGUUGGAGGCCGAGGACGAGGGCGUGCCGUCAACCGCCAUUAGGGAAAUCUCUUUACUGAAGGAGAUGAGAGACCCGAACAUUGUUUCUCUCUACAAUAUUGUGCACUCAGACAGCCACAAGCUGUACCUUGUGUUUGAGUUCCUUGAUCUUGACCUCAAAAAGUACAUGGAGUCAAUUCCCCGCGGCGAGGGACUUGGCGCAGACAUGGUGAAGAAGUUCAUGCUGCAGCUUGUCAAGGGCACGAGGUACUGCCACGCACACCGCAUUUUACACCGUGACCUCAAGCCUCAAAACCUGCUCAUCGACAAAGAGGGAAAUCUCAAACUCGCCGACUUUGGUCUCGCCCGCGCCUUUGGCGUUCCGCUCAGAACUUAUACCCACGAGGUAGUGACGCUGUGGUACCGCGCCCCUGAAAUUCUUUUGGGCGCGAGACAAUACUCUACAGGUGUUGAUAUGUGGAGUAUCGGUGCCAUCUUCGCCGAAAUGUGCACCCGCAAGCCCCUGUUCCCGGGAGACUCGGAAAUCGAUGAAAUCUUCAAGAUCUUCCGGUUACUUGGCACUCCAAACGAGCAAGUUUGGCCGGGCGUUACCACUUUACCUGACUUCAAAACUACCUUCCCCCAGUGGAGCAGAAAGCCUCUAGAGAAGGCGGUUCCCGAGCUCGACGAAUUCGGUCGUGAUCUGCUCGACCAACUUAUAACUUAUGACCCCGCUGCUCGUAUCAGUGCUAAGAGGGCAGUCGACCAUCCAUAUUUUCUGUAG